CAUGGCGGCGAAGACAAACGGUUUACUAUUCGAUUAAUGACUGUUUUGUACGAUAAAAAAUCAACCUGAUAAUAGGUUUUGCUAGAGGCGAUUCGUUAUCCCAUUGAUGUACAAAUGUCUUUGACAAUGCAGCAAACUCGUAGGGAAACUUCGGGGCAUUUGCAUCACAAUUCUGGUGCCGUGAAAACUAGUCGUUCAGUUGCAUCUAGUUCGGUUGGUACUGGUACAUCUAGUAGUUUUUCGUCAACUUUUGGUGCAAGGGGGACCAAAAACGCAAGUUCCUCUACUAGAAGAACUCUACCUCACGGACCAGGUCCUUUACCUGAUAAACCUUCAAUGGAUAAAGCAGGAGUAAGAUAUGUCGCCCAAAGUAAUUCUAGUCGCAAUCAUGCAGGUACCACUAGAGGAUCAUACUUGUCUGAUACUUACAGUAGAAAAUCGAGUACAUGGGAAUCUCCGAAAACGCGGCGUAAAGUUUCAGGUGACUCUGGUUACGGAAGCUCCAAUGGAAAAGAAAGGAUAGGUGGCUUUAGAUAUGGAGAGUUGUCAAAUGGACGAAGGUCGAAAUCGCUCUCGAGUUUGGGACCUAAGGAAGAUCUCUAUACACAAAAGAGAGAUCAUGAACCAGAUAAAUACCAAACUAGGCAUAUGUACACUCAGAGAAACACAAACUCCAAACCAACUUUAAAUGGGAGUAGUAUUUCAUGUAGCAGUGGUAUUUAUGGAUCUACAACGCAUGCCGAUUACAGAGAUCCUCGGAAUGAAAUAAUUCCAACUCUGAAUAGCUAUGGGACUAAGUACGGACAAUCGUAUUCCUCAGAAAAAUCAGCAUCAAGCAAGAGCAGUUACAGUAUUGUGCAUGCGGACACAGCUAGAAAAAGUACCAUAACUGCUCUGCCAGGAUCAGAAAUGAAGUGCGCGAGACAAUCGUCGUUUAGUUCCUCAAAUUCGUCCCCUUCAAAUUCGCCAACGGGAAGAGGCAGUUCUGAUGGGUUAGUUGGUCUGCGUAACCUAGGAAAUACAUGUUUUAUGAAUUCCAUCCUCCAAUGUUUGAGUCACACACAACCCUUAACUGAACAACUGUCAAAAGGCUCUCACCUGAAGAUAAUUAACAGCAACAGUUCCAUGAAGGGCAAGCUUAUUCAUGCUUUUGCGGAUCUGAUCAAAUCUAUGUGGAAGCAUGGUUACACUGAUGCAGUGUCUCCGCAUUCUUUUAAGACUCAGAUUCAAAGAUUUGCCCCUCGAUUUAUGGGAUACAACCAACAAGAUGCACAGGAAUUUUUACGCUUUCUUUUGGAAGGACUUCACGAUGACUUGAAUCGAGUCAAAUCCAAGCCAAAGUAUACACCUUGUGAAUUUGAUGACUCACUCAGUCAUCGACAGAAUGCAGAGAAGUCAUGGAAAAGUUAUCUUUCACGAGAUGACAGCUGGAUGACUGAUCUCUUCGUGGGACAGUUGAAAAGCAUGUUGAAAUGUUGUCAUUGUGAUUACACGUCAGUCACCUUUGACCCGUUCUGGGACUUGUCACUUCCCAUACCAAGGAAAUCCCGUCAUUCAUCAUUAUCAUCUUCUUCAUCGUGGUCCGGAAGGCGAUCCAGUGGGGCAAAUGACAGCGAGAUUACCAUUAGAGACUGUAUCCUUACCUUCACCAAGGAGGAAGUAUUGGAUGGCGACGAAAGACCAACUUGCGACAAGUGUAAGGCCAAGAGGAAAUCAACGAAGAAAUUCUCAAUACAAAGAUUUCCGCCAAUCCUUGUUCUUCAUUUAAAAAGAUUCUCAGGUUUCAGUUUUCGAUCCAAGCUACAGACGAAUGUAGAAUUCCCUUUAUCUAAGCUGGAUCUCUCUGAAUUUGCUGCCGACAGCCAAGAGGGUCGGUCAGCGGUGUACUCCUUGUACGCAGUCUCGAAUCAUUCCGGCAGCACCUACGGCGGCCAUUACAUGGCUUACUGUAAACACCCGAUCAGCAAACAGUGGCACUGCUUUAACGAUUCACGGGUGGAUGAAAUUUCUUCAUCACGGGUUCAAGGAGCACAAGCAUACAUCCUAUUUUACGAGAAAGAUGAAAGAAAAUCAUCGCUAUGACAUGAGGUUCAAACCACAAAUGCUGGCAUUUGCUGGGUAUCACCCAAUCCUUUGAAGCGUGACUCUUAAAAGCUUGCGUGACAUUUGCGUGAUCUUUUUUUCUACGGGUAUUAGAGAUAGAAGCGGUGAUUUUAUCAUUUAUCCUGAAGGAGAAAAUCUUCUGCAGGUCGAUCUUGAAAACAUUAUUAAAGUAAGGCAUUUGUAUAUCGUAUGCGUUCAGGUUUUUUUUUUUUCAAGUUGUGAUUUUGCCGAGUUGAUUUUUGUGUGAUAACUCGUUCAGUAGCACUGCGAUGGUCUUGAUUCCUGGGUUUAGGUAUUAAGGUAUGAAAGAGACUGGGUAGGCGUUGAUUGUUUAUCAUCAUUGUCUAUCAGCAGUUACGUAAUGAUUAUGGAAAUGAAAUUGGAUGAUGAGAUAAAAUUUACAUCGAUCAGAAGAUGAUGAAAAGUAUUGAGUCAAAAUUAUUUUGGGUAUUCUUAGUAGGGAAGACUCAGUUGACCUUGUUCUGCAAGUCUAUUUAGUGAAACUUUUCUACCGAAAUUUCUUUGCAUGUAAACCUUUCACCCUCCCAAGAUCUUGUUAGUAAUUAUCCUUUGAGGUAGGAGAAGUUGGUAUUUGAACCACGGAUUUUCCUGUCAUUGAUAUGUUUCUGUUUUCUCAUCGCUUGUCUGUUUGAUACUGUGUUGUCAUUAUAAGGAGAAAUACUGUCUUGGUCACUCAAGGGAGCUAAAGCGUUAAGCAUUGGGUUGGUUUGCACAAAGUAUCACAUAACGCUGUAGUCAUCUCCUUUUAGAACUCUUUCAACGACUUGUUUUCAAAUUUGAUGAAAAUCUCAAGAUGGUUUUAAAUCAGUGUCUCGGUGUCCCUAGGUGUCAAGAAUGAAAUUGAAAAGUGAAUUUUUAGUUUUGAUUAUGUCACUACUCUCUUGAAAACAAAAGAACAGCUAUUACGCUUCAUAGUCGGGUUUUAUGCUAAUUGAUUUUACCUUGUUUGAAAAAGUAUCUUUUUGAAUGUAUAUAGAGAUUUUUCUGGAAUAGCGACUGGUACUUGGUCAAGUAGAAAAGUUUCCCUAGUCUGGAGAUGCUAUAGUUUAUACAAGCUAUAAUUUUUACAGGAAAAUAUGUCUUAUUUAUGAGGUUUGAGUGCAGAAAUUUUGUAAUAUAUUUAUUUGAGAGUGAUAGGAAUAAAGUGUCUUCAAUUUUGAUUAAAUUAUUGCACUUUGAAA